CUAUAUUCAGACAGCCGUAGCUUUUGUAAUAAAAUAAAAUAAUGGGGGGAGGGGUCGAGAGAGAAACUAUAACACUUAAUGAAUGCGACUUUUCUGCUUGGAGAGUCUCCUCUUAUAUUAAUUCAACUCCUUUUCUCACUUGCUACUUCAUUUUCUAGCCUCCACCUCGCUCCCUCUCUCUCUCUCUCUCUAUUGCAUUUUUAUUUUCUUACCAAAGCAUUCAAAGAUACUGUAGAGAAGCAGCCUUGGUCAUUGCUGACAAUCUCGCCUAGGAUUCAGUAAAGCUGCUGUUUUAGGAAAGGUCUCUUCCUCCUUGUAAUCUGGUCUGGUCUCAAAAUGGGGAGGCACUCUUGCUGUUACAAGCAGAAGCUAAGGAAAGGUCUUUGGUCUCCCGAAGAAGAUGAGAAGCUCUUGAGGCAUAUUACCAAGUACGGCCAUGGUUGCUGGAGCUCUGUCCCUAAACAAGCUGGUCUGCAGAGGUGUGGAAAGAGCUGCAGGUUAAGGUGGAUUAAUUAUUUAAGGCCUGAUUUAAAGAGAGGUACAUUCUCUCAAGAAGAAGAAAACCUCAUAAUUGAACUUCAUGCAGUUUUGGGGAACAGGUGGUCCCAAAUUGCGGCACAAUUGCCAGGAAGAACCGACAAUGAAAUUAAAAACCUAUGGAACUCUUGCUUAAAGAAGAAGCUUAGGCAGCGAGGCAUUGACCCUGUCACUCACAAACCCCUCUCAGAGGUUGAACAUGGUGAAGACAAGAGUCAACCACGCACCAACAGCAAGGAUAUGGCUUCAAGUGAAUUGAACAUCAACACCAACAAUCCUAAACCUGGAACAUCACCAGUUACUCCACGAGGUUACCAACUGGAAAUGGAAGGUUCUCCCACCUCCAAGACAGUGAACAGCAGCGAUAACAAUGGCAACACCACCACCAAUUUGAUGGUAUCUACUACUACAGCCAGCAAAGGCUUCUUUCUGGAUAAAUUCUCGACCAACAGCCAGCCUUCUGAUUUGGUGGGGCAUCUUCCAGUUCACCAAUUGAACUAUGCGUCCAAUGCCAGGCUCUCAUCUACCUCCAACCCUACUCCCUGGUUCACCCAAACUACCCAAGCUUUCGAUAUCAAUUCCGAAUUUUCUUCAGCAGCGAUGUCCAGUUUUCUCCCACCAUUAACGGCUUCGUUUCUGUCUGCUUCUAUGGGGUACAAGCCUUCCGUCGCUGAUAGUCCUUCAAUGGCCUCGUUCACCGUGAAUGGUUCCCGCUAUUGGGAAACGGGUGCCUCCGCUAACAACAACAGUAACAGCAGCAGCAACAGCACUGAGCUGCAAAGCAAUAGUUCCUUCUACGACAAUAAUAGCUCCUCUUGGGGAUUACCAGAUUGUAGCACACCAGAGAAAGAGGCUCCACUCCAUCUAAUGGAAAGUCAAGCAGAAGAUAUAAAAUGGAGCGAAUAUCUGAAUAACCCAUUGCUAAUGGCCGCUGCUUUGCAAAAUCAAACUCCACAGUCCUUGUACAACAUGGACAUCAAAUCAGAAACACAUUUCCUCACUAAUAAUUCAUCAAACAGUAUGUGGACUCAUAACCAACAGCAACAGCAGCAAGAACCUUUACAAAAUCCCAAUAUGUGUGCUGCUAAGGACAUCCACAGACUUACAGCAGCUUAUGGACAUGUUUAGAAAGCAUCAAACUUGAACUAAUGGCAUGCUCAUGUAUAAGGUGUGUACCACAGAUUUUUCAUUUUCAUUUUCUUUUUAAUUCUGGUGUAUAUAGGUCUGAUACAAAAAUUAAUUAUCACCUCUGCUUUUGGACUAUCUGUGAGCAAAUCAAUCUUGUUAUUAGCUUCUUUUCUUUCUUUCUUUUUUUUUUGCUUUGUGGGGUAGAACUGCAGAAUAAGGCUUUGUUGCAGUGUCUUUUAGUCGUCUUUGACACUUUGCAAAUGGCCAUAUUUGAGAAUUGGAAUGUUGCAAUUCUACAUGUAAACAACUGUUGAUAAAAAAAUAUAGUAUAUAUUUAUGGGGUUUUCUUUUUUGGUCA